AUGGCAGACGACAAGAAGACUGAAGGAGAAAGUAGCUCACAGUCACAACAACCACAUACGGCUAGCAUGAAGGUCGAGUUCAAGCCAUUCACCAACAAGGAAAACUUCACGCUAUGGCAAAGAAGAAUGAAGCAUGUUCUAGCGCAUCAGAAUCUCAGCGUAGUCUUGGCAUGCAAAGAAAAGAAGCCAGAAACCAUGAUGGAUAAGGAGUGA